UCUCACACGCGCACGCACAGUGGAAAACACACGUACUCUCUCUCUCUCUCUACACGUAUAAAGCAAGUCAAAUUUUCAAAAUUGAUAGCCUAAUUUUCAUAUUUUCGGCAGAUCGAUCGCUCCAAUAUUUGAUCUUCUAUUUCCCAACGGACUCAUUCAUCAGAAGCAAGCACUAAUUCCAGUAGUAUUAGUUCUCCCUUUGUUUUUAUCUGUUUGCGGGUUAAAUUUCGAAACCCUAAUUUAAUCUCUCCCUUUUCCAUCAAUUUAUGCUUCUUCCUUUCCAUUGCCCAUACAUUUCAUUAUUGUAGCCUCAUUUUUGUUGUGCGUCGGUGAAUUGAUAGAGAAUUUGCCGGCAAUGGUUUAGGUUUCUCGAUGAUUUUUCGGAGGUUUUUUUCCCUGCUACAGUUUGUUAGAAAUCCAGAUUUUGUUUAUCCAUGGGUGCGUUAACGAGUAAUAGGAAGCGCGGAUACGACUUUAGCAGCAGCGUGAAUUACGGAAGCCUAGUUUCAAAUUCACCUGUUUCUAAAAAAUCCAGACUUCCGGCGUUUAUAAAUCAGACUACAGGUCGGACGGACCGUAUAACCGCAGUUUUCCAGUUUUUUAGGUAUCCCGUUGAGAAAACUUUGUUCAAAAGGGAACCUCAUGCCCCUGUUAGACGGCACAGAGGUGUGUCUUCUGUGAAUUUGGGGAAUUCUCCUUCUAAAGUUAGUUACAAAGACGGUUCAGCUGACGAAAUGGGGAACCUUUUGAGUGGGCAAUAUAAAAGUACGAAAAGAAGUGCAUUGGAUACAUUGAGGUUUAAUGAAGAAGAUAAGAAGGCGACUGAGGUAGCUAAAGAGGAGGUGCAGGAGGUUUCCGAAGAUUCCAGUAUUGAGGAGGUUGAGAUUUUAGAGGUUAGGGAGGACCAGACGUGGAAGGACGGUAAUGGGGUUGUUGAUGAGGACUCGAGGAAAUUUGAUGGGAUUGCUGUGGAUAAGGAUUCUCGGCCAUCAAGUUCGUCAGCAAUGACAAAUGUGAGUGAUGGGAUUUUGAAGGUGGAGACUACAGAGAAGUUGCUGGAGUCUUUGUCGUUAAGUCAGGAGUUGGGCGUUCCACAAGAAAGCGUGCACAAGAAAUUGUUAUAUGUUGCAGAGAGGAGGAAUGAUAAAAUUAACUCGUUGAAUUUUCAGAUUGAAUAUACUGAGAAGCAAUUGCAGCUACAACAGUUAUUGCGUCCCCAGAAGAAAGAAGAAGCUGCUAAGAAGGAUGUGACAGCAGAAGCUUUUAAGCCUCUUACUGAGGAAGAAGAGACUGAGGUUAACCGUGCUCUUUCUAAUUCCAGUCGGAGGAAGCUUUUGGUGACCCAUGAAAAUUCAAAUAUUAGUAUUACAGGAGAAGUUUUGCAGUGCUUGAGACCACGUGCAUGGUUGAAUGAUGAGGUUAUCAAUUUAUAUCUUGAGCUUUUAAAAGAAAGGGAGAGAAGGGAGCCUAGAAAAUUCUUGAAUUGCCAUUUCUUUAACACUUUCUUUUUCAAAAAGCUAGUUAGUGGAAAGGGCGGAUAUAACUAUCAAUCGGUUCGGAGAUGGACUUCCCAAAAGAAGCUUGGAUAUUGUAUCUUUGAUUGUGAUAAGAUUUUUGUACCAAUUCACAAAGAAGUCCAUUGGUGCUUAGCAGUCAUCAACAAGAAGGAUGAAAAGUUUCAGUAUCUUGAUUCGCUUGGUGGAGUUGAUAGUCAAGUGAUUAAAGUACUGGCUAGAUACAUUGUAGAUGAAGUCAAGGACAAGUGUGGCAAAGGGAUUGAUGUUAGUUCCUGGCAGCAAGAAUUUGUUGCGGACCUUCCAGAACAGGAGAAUGGAUUCGACUGCGGUGUGUUUAUGAUCAAAUAUGCCGACUUUUACAGUAGAGAUAUUGGACUCUGUUUUAAUCAGGAACACAUGCCAUACUUUAGGCUGAGGACCGCUUUAGAGAUUUUGAGGUCAAAAGCCGAGUGAUCAUUUGAACUUCUGGAUGCUGUAUAUUUGCUAAUUGAUAGAUCAUGGAUAUGCAUGAAAAUGCUGGAGAACGAGGAAUGAACAGAUUAAAACAAAAAAUGACAUCACUUGACAUCCUGGUACGAGUGAAGUGGCAUUUUAUCUUUGCCCAAGAGUUUGGUAACCUUUUUCCCCACACGUGAGGCAAUGGACAGCUAUCAAGCUUUUUUUGUUUUUUGUUUUUUUCUUUUCCUGGUAUGGUUUUGUUUGGAAGCUUGUGGUUUUGAUGCUGGUCAUCUUCUCUGAGUGACUGCCUAUUAUUGGUGUGCCGAGUAAAGGUUACCUUCAUCGGAGAUGUAAUCUCUGGGGCCCUUGUUUCACUAGGAAAUUGGAUUGAUUUUAUAGUGGUCUGCACCAAUUUUUUUUUUUUUUUUUGGCUUAGAAUGUGAAGGCAUGUAUACUGCAGGAUCAAGUCUCCAUAUUGUUAAUCUUGUCUGUUUUUCCUCGUAUACUUGCAUUCAUUUA